AAUAGAUAAGAUAAUAUUGGAACUUCUCAAAAUAUUGUUGAGAUAUCUAACUCACAAAUUGAAUCUCUACCAUCUUGAAUUUAGUUUAAUUUCUUGUAAUGAACAACGGCCUAAGUAAAGGAGAUUUUUCAAGGUCUCUUUUUUCCAGUAAAAUAUAUUAUAUCAACUUAUGCAUUCACGUUAAUUUAUUGUUUAUCUUAUUUGCUUGGCAACAUUGUUGAUUCUGAAGUUCGUAAAAUGUGGCUUGUGUUUAGGUAUUAACAUGGCGGACAAAGUUUUAAAACAUAUCCCGGAGCAAAAGCUCAAAGCUUUUUCAAUUGGAACAAUGGGAAAAAGACAGCCAUCCAAGAAGGAAAUUGAAGAACAGAAGAAAAAGGAACAAGAAAAAGCUGCAGCACAAGCUUUUGAAGAAUUUGUUGCAACAUUCCAAGAGCCAGCAAACAAAACAAGUAAAGUCUGGGUGAAAGCAGGAACUUAUGAUGCUGGAAAAAGACAGGAAGAUACUAAAGAGAAGGGUAAAUUGUACAAACCUCAAUCAAGGCUUGAUGUCCCUGUGGAAAAAAAUUCAGCAGAAAAAGCGCAGGAGUAUGCAAGGCUGCUUGGUGAGAGAAUGAAACCUGAAAGACCUGGAAAGAAAAAGGAAAAAGAAAAAAAGAAGAGUAAUUUAGAGUUGUUUAAAGAAGAACUUAAAAUGAUUCAGGAAGAGAGAGAGGAAAGACAUAAAUACAAAGGUGUAGUUAAAACAGCAGCCCUUAUUGACCCUGAAGUAAUCAAAGCAACUGGUGUCAUGCCUGAUGAAAAAGGUUCUUUUGAUAGUGGGGAUCCAAAUACUACAAAUAUCUACUUAGGAAAUAUUAAUCCCAAAAUUACUGAACAACAAUUGAUGGAAGUUUUUGGCAAAUAUGGUCCCCUUGCUAGCAUUAAAAUUAUGUGGCCCCGCUCAGAUGAAGAAAAGCUGAGAGGGCGAAACUGUGGAUUUGUUGCAUUUAUGAAUCGAAAAGAUGGUGAUAGAGCUAUGAAAGCUUUGAAUGGCAAAGACAUCCUUGGAUACGAAAUGAAGCUGGGGUGGGGCAAAGGCGUACCUAUCCCUCCAUUCCCUAUCUAUAUUCCACCUACCCUCCUGUCGUUGGCUCAGCCACCUCCUCCAUCUGGGCUCCCAUUCAAUGCCCAACCCCACCCGAAGGAUAGAAAUAAGAUCCCGAGAAUGAGACCAAAUGAACCCUACCCUAUGAAUCCGGAGGACAUGGAGAAAGUAGAGAAGAUUUUACCUCAGGCACUCGUGAAAGUGGUUAUGCCGACUGACAGGAAUCUCCUCAUGCUGAUUCACCACAUGAUUGAGUAUGUAAUCCGGGAAGGGCCGAUGUUCGAGGCGAUGAUCAUGAACAAAGAAAUCAGUAAUCCCAUGUUCAGGUUUUUGUUCGACAAUCAAUCACCUGCUCAUACUUAUUACCGCUGGAAAUUAUUCUCCCUGCUCCAAGGCGAUUCGCAAAAGGAAUGGUGCCUGAAAGAGUUCAGGAUGUUCAAAGGUGGUUCAAUAUGGCGACCUCCACCAAUGAACAUGUAUACGCAGGGAAUGCCCGAAGAACUGAUAGAGAGGGAUGAAGAGAGAAAAGGUGGCCUCUCACCAGCUCAGAGAGAUCGCCUUGAGCAGCUCAUUCGUCACAUGACACCAGAACGGUUAAAAGUUGCGGAUGCCAUGGUUUUUUGUAUUGAGCAUGCCGAAGCCGCUGAUGAGAUCUGCGACUGUAUCCUGGAAUCUCUUUCCAAUAACACCACUCUUCUGUACAAGAAGAUAGCAAGACUUUACCUUGUAUCUGACAUAUUGCAUAAUUGUAGUAUCAAAAUGACUAAUGCUUCAAACUAUCGAAGAUGCUUAGAGUCAAGAUUAGUUGACAUAUUCGAACAAGCCCAUCAAACAUUUAUUGGAUUAGAAUCUCGAUUGAAAGCUGAAAGUUAUAAACUUCGAGUUCUUCAAAUUUUUAGAGCUUGGGACGAUUGGGCAGUUUAUCCAAGAGAUUAUCUUCUUAGGUUAAAAUCCACUUUCUUAGGAGCCCAGAUUGAAGAAGUAGAAGAGGAAGAAGAAAGGGUUGUCACUCCAGAGAUUCCUCCACCUGAUGAUAUUGUCAAUUCAGAUCUAGACGGCGUACCUCUAGACGGAGCAGCCCUACUCAAAGGAGCUUAUGGCCACGCCUAUGAUGAUAUUGAUGGAGUUCCAAUGGAUGAUGACUUGGAUGGCAAACCUUUUGAGGAAGAUCUGCAUCGGCUGCCGUCUUCCCAUAGACCUGAAGGUGCAUUUGUCCCUUCGAGGUGGGAAGAGGUGGAUCCGGAUCUAAUUGAGGAACAGGCGAUGACAACUUCUAAGUGGGAGCUGCUAGAAGAGAGCAAAGUUCAACGGGAACCGAUGCCACCGAGCCAAACAGGCAGUGGCGAUGAAUCUCAACCUGUCCCUCCUCUUCCGAGGGAACCAUCUCCAGCCUCCAAUGACAGUAGCAGAGAUGGACAGGAAGAAGCCAGGAGAGCUAAACUAAGAGAGAUUGAGGUUAAAGUGGUGCAGUACCAAGAUGAGUUAGAAUCAGGCAAACGUCAGGUUAAGGCUGGCUGGACCAUACCAGAUCAGAUUGAGCAUCACCGAAGAAAACUACUUCGCAAGGCUGAGAAAGCUGAAAAUAAAGAAACUACUACUCCUAAUAAACCAGCGGAUAAAGUGAAAGGUCGUAGUAUAUCACCGGAUGAUUCUACAUCUGAUUCAAGAUAUAAGAGGUCAAAGCGAUCAAAAAGCAGUACUCCUAGCCCUCCUCCUUCUAAGAGAUCAACCUACAGAUCAAGAAGUCGGUCGCCUUAUUCUUCAUCAAGACGACGAAGAUCCCGUUCUCCUCGCAGGCGAGAGGACAGCCCACCCAGAAGGAGGAGGUCACGUAGCCCUGACACUUCUUCGCCAGCACACAAGAGACGGCACUCUUCAUCAAGGCAUAAACACAAGCACAGGCACUAGGGUGGGGCGCAAAAAAGAAAUGUCAGUGCUGCCAAUAGCCAUUAGUCGUUGUUUUAUUUUCCUAUUACAGUAUAUUGAUGUAUAUGUGUCGCCAAGUGUUACAGCGUACUGAAACUGUGUAUUAUUUGUAAGUUGUUAAUUUAUGUACAUAUAAAUUAUGUAAUGAAUGAUAUUAGUGACUAAGAUGAUUGAUUUUGUGCAUAUAUUGUGGGAAAUUCUUGUGUUUGUCCCGGUGUACAUAAUAUGAGGGAUGUUUGUGGCAGUAGAGGCCAAUACUCAUUCCUGUUUUUAUUGAAUGUAUUAAAGUCAUUUGUACAAAGAUUAUAAUAACCAUUAGUCUUUUUCUUUUUUUUUUCUUUUUCUUUGGUAGACUUUUUAGUAAAUUAUUUUAUUGUUUAUUUACAUAUGAUUGUGACGAAACAGAAUGGAAUGUUACUUGUUGAUUAUGUACCUGUUUCUUAAGAUUACUUGCAUAUGUGCAUACAUUUUAUCGAAAUAGGUAGAAAAAAUGUAUAUUUGAAGUAUGAGAAAAGAGGAAAUGUGUAUGUAUAUAGGAGUGUGGAAUUAAAGCAUAUUAUUCUGUUUCAAUUUGUUUUCUUUUUUGUAUUAACAUCUUUAAAAAUCUAUUGUGCCUAUGAAGAUUUAGAACUGCUAGCCGAAACCACAAUUUCAACUAAUAAUAAUUAUCGCAUCAUGUGAAAAUGUUUUUUUUUUUAAAUAUUUAUUUUAUUUAGUGACAGAUUAUUUACAUUUGUAAAUUAGAUGAGAGCCAGUUUUCAUAAGUUAUUCCUGAUUUCACAUGCUUUUAUACUUUGAAUAAAGUUAUAUGAAUUGUUAGGUAUAUAGCACAUACAAUUUAGAUGUAUCAAUGUUAAAAUUUAUAACAUUAUAGUCCGUGGUACAGACCCCUUUUUAUCGAAUUAUUGACAUCCACCUGAAACUUCGUAAAUAGUUU